AUGUGCCAGAGACAAGGCCUUGAAGAUCAAAUUGUGAGGUUGAAACAGUCUGUGUCUGAUAAUUGUGCUGAAGAGUCUAAAACAUCAUGUAGUAUGGUUAUAUCUAGAUCUGGAUUAGGCAACACAGCUUUUGUGUCCAAAUCAGGAAAAUUAAGAGAGGCCCUAUCUGGUCAGAGAGGUACUAUAUCAAAGAUAUUUGAAGAAGUUGGUCUUCCAAACGUGCUUGCUCUGUUGAAGUCUGAGGAUCUAGAUGUGCAGAUCCAUGCUGUCAAGGUGGUUGCUAAUCUUGCUGUUGAAGGAUCAAACCAGGGAGUGAUUAUGAAUAAAGGUGGAGCUCGACUAUUAGCAAAUGUUGCUUCUAAAAUUGAUGAUCCUCAAACUUUGCAGAUGGUGGUUGGCGCAAUCACCAAUUUAUGUGGGAAUGAAAAGCUGCACUUAAUGUUGAAACAAGAUGGUGGAAUAAAAGCACUAAUAGGAAUAUUUCGCAGUGGACACAUUGGUGUCAUAGCCCAGAUAGCACGAGGAAUAGCAAACUUUGCAAAAUGUGAAUCCCGGAUGAUAAGCCAAGCUGAGACCAGAUGGGCCGUUACCACCACCGCCACCACCAGCAACGUCGCCAACAGCAAGACCUCCUUCGGUUCCACGCUCACCGACACCAUCACCACCGCCUCUCGCUUCACCAUCACCACCGCCUCUCGUUUCACCAUCACCACCGCCUCUCGCUUCACCACAGAAGCGGCGUUUGGAAGAACUGGAAGAGGAGCAGCCUCUAGGUCCAAAGAAGAAGAGGAAAGUGGGGGCGACAGUGGUAGUCUGGUAGAUGGGUAUGUUGACCACCUCUUCAAAGUGUAUGACCAAGGAAAGAGCUACGGCGGCAAUUAUGAUCCUGAUGACAUGCUGGUCUCCGAUGAAGAUCCACUUCACGUCACAAUCAGUAAGGUACCGACUUUGGAAGCAUCAAGAGGCAACCUACAGAAGGACUUACAGAAGCUUGUGCACUGUGUAUUGAAGCCUAGAUAUAUCCAAGCUCCAGAUCCAGAAAACCCCGGUGAAGCUGAGCAGAAGCCUGCUUAUCUGGAGGACUUCAUUGCCCGGGUUGAAAAUUUGAUGAAGCCGAAGCCAGGUCUUAUAGAGGUUUCAGAGGAAGAAUGGAAGGUACGGCUGCGAAUCAUCAGACACCACCCAUUUCUCAUUGAGCCUGCUAAAAGAAGGCUUCUCUUGGAAGAUUACUACAAAUUGUACAAAUCGCUUGAUAAAACAACAGCUCUAGAUCUUAUCAGAAGGAUAGAUAGUCGUUGCUAUCGGAGGUGGCAGGUGCUUAUUGCACCAAGGGAUAGAAUCAUUGGUACAGCUUAUUGGAAGAAGAAUCCAGAAAAGUGCCCGACAGAUUACUAUACAAGAAACUAUGCAAGAUAUCCAGAUAAAAAUGAGGAAAAUUAUCAUUUUUUCAUUUACACCAGCGAGGAUGGGUACUUAGGUGUCUUCCUCCGCAACUUCAUAGUACAUGGACCCGAAGAACCACUGGCCGUUGGAGUCACGCUUGAGGAAUUAGAGCUCAUUGUUGCCCACUAUUUUAGCAAAUUUUACCGUCGUUCCUGGAGGUGUUAUCCAAGUUUGGAGAUGAACCGCAUGCAAUCUGAUGAAGAUGGAGGACACACCGGAAGCUCCAAAGCUGAUGAAGAUGGAGGACACACCGGAAGAGCUCCAAAGCUGAUGAAGAUGGAGGACACACUGGAAGCUCCAAAGCUGAUGAAGAUGGAGGACACACCGGAAGCUCCAAGGACUGAAGGGAUACAAAUACGUGGUACUAUCAUUCAUUCACCGCAGUUUGGUAUUAACCUGAUUUCCUCUUUGCAGGAUUCCCUGGAGGUCAGCGUCCACGACCGUCACGUGGUUCCCCGUCACGACAUCAAGCUGGUUAUCUGCUCUCUCUGCAACAAAGAACAGGAUGUACAACAAGAUUGUUCAAAUUGUGGAGCAUGUCUCGGUAAAUACUUCUGCGCGAAAUGCAACUUCUUCGACGAUGAUUAUGAGAGAAUGCUCAUUGAAAUGGGAGUGAUUCAAGUCGCCAGAGUGGAGACCGAGCAACCUGUACCUAAACUGUCUAAUGAAGUUGAAGGCUUGCAUGGAGCAGUUGAUGGCACAAACAAAGGGUUAGCAUGUGUCAAUGAUGAUAUUCAGGCAUUAAAGCUAGCAUUAGUGGUUUAG